AUCCUCCCUGGACCAAUGGAUUAACGGCAACGCAUGAGCAGCAGCCAUCUCAGCCAAUAGAGGUAGACAGAAGUUGAUGGGCGGGGCUCCACGAAGCCUCUCUUUUUCAGCACCCUCAGGGGGGGAUUCUAUGAUGGUGCCGCCGGGGUCGCAGGUGUCUAGAACGCUUCCAUGACUGGAUGAAUGAAAGCUCAACGAUUUUGAACUAAGAACCGACAAGGGCUUGUCCUUGGGUUUCCUUCUGUGUAGCGAAUUCUUCAUAUACUUUGCACAGCUCUUCUUGCCGUUCACACCUGCAAGCUUUAAAAAUGAAGCAAUUGAAAAGAAAAAGGAAAAGCAAUUUUAGUGUUCAGGAGACUCAGACUCUUUUGAAAGAAAUUACCAAAAGGAAAGAAGUCAUUUUUUCCAAGCAACUCAACACGACAAUAAAUGUGAUGAAGCGUAUGGCUUGGGAGGAGAUUGCACAGUGCGUCAAUGCUGUAGGAGAAGGAGAGCAGAGGACCGGGACUGAGGUGAAGAGACGCUACCUCGACUGGCGCGCACUCAUGAAAAGGAAGAGAAUGAAGGCCAACAUGAAGCUGGUUGGUUCUGGGUUUCCUCUUCCUACGUCGGAUUUAGACGACUCCCUCACUGAAGAGAUCGAUGAAAAAAUUGCAUUCCGAAAUGAUGCAAAUUUUGACUGGCAGAACGUGUCAGAUUUCCGGGAUGCAGGUGGAUCCCUAACAGAGGUCAAGGUGGAAGAGGAAGAAAGGGACCCACAAAGCCCAGAAUUUGAGAUUGAGGAGGAGGAAGAAAUGUUGUCAUCUGUCAUACCCGAUUCCAGAAGGGAAAGUGAGCUCCCUGACUUCCCUCACAUUGACGAGUUUUUCACCCUCAAUUCCACACCGUCCCGACCCUCAUAUGACGAGCCCCAUCUGCUCAUGAACAUAGAGAAACAGAAACUGGAGCUGGAAAAACGCCGACUGGAUAUCGAGGCAGAAAGGCUGCAGGUGGAAAAGGAGCGGCUGCAGAUAGAGAAAGAGCGGCUGCGCCACCUGGACCUGGAGCACGAGCGCCUGCAGCUGGAGAAGGAACGGCUGCAGAUCGAGAGAGAGAAGUGGAGGCUGCAGCUGGUCAGCGCCGAGAAACCCGCCAUAGACAACGAACUCGGCCAGGGGGAGAAGUCCAUGCUGCAGCCACAGGACAUAGAAGCAGAGAAGUUGAAACUCGAGCGAGAGCGCCUGCAGCUGGAGAAAGAUCGGCUGCAGUUUUUGAAGUUCGAAUCUGAGAAGCUGCAGAUUGAAAAGGAGCGCUUGCAGGUGGAGAAGGAGAGACUGCGGAUUCAGAAAGAAGGGCAUUUGCCUUGACUGGUCUCUGCCCUCUGCCUGGCAAAGAUUUAUGAACUGUAGCUUUCCCCAUCAGUUGAUGCAAAGGUGGUUGGUGAAUUAGCUACUUUAUUGCCACCCCUGUCUAAUGUCAGUGUUUUUAGUAGGAAAAAGAUAGUAACACAUAGGUAGCCACGUGGUUUAGUAGUGUGUUAUAUAAAAGCUCUGCCCACCAUAAACUGAUAGCAGAGGAUCUGUUAGACUCUUCCACAUUAGUAAUACUGCAUAGAGUCUUGUCUUAUUUGUGCAACCCAAGUUUAUUGUAAUGUCUACAAUAAAGUUCCCAUCCAGUGAUUCUCAAGUGCAGUUUGGGCUCCCAGAAGACAUUUGGGAUUGUGUGGAGACUUUAUUUUGGUGGCCAAAGUAGAUGGGUGUGGGCUGCUACUGGCUUCUUAUCAGUAGAGGCUCCAGGCCCUGCUACAUACUAUGUAAUGCCUGGCUCUCCUCUUUGCAGGAAAGAAUUACUUAUCCAGCCCAAAAUAUCACUAGUGCCAAGUUUGAGAAACCUAACCCUGGCCUAACUGUGUACCUCUAUAGUUAUCUCUACAGUUUUAGAAUAUUAAAACUUCAGGUAUUUAUGUGGGUAGAUAUUUAAAUGGCCAAAAGCAUUUUAACUGUGAGACAUUACUGUGUAGUAUAUUGGAUAUAGGGAGUGGUGGAGAUUGUAGGUACUUUUUUUAUUCCUAUGGUGUUGCCUAUCAGUAGACUGAAACUUAGAAGCAAACCUGAGACUAUCUGAGAUAAUAUAAAAUGAGUCACUUUGAAGGCAUUACCCCUCAAGAAUGAACACAAUUGGGAAGCUUUAGUUCCCCCUUCUUUAAAUCUGUUGUCUUAGUUUGAAUACAGAAUUUAGCAUUUCAUUUACAUACUGAGACGUUAUGUAAGAGACAGUUAGAAGGUAGUAAAAAUGAUACCAGUGCCAAAAUGGUGGCAGUAGGCCAUGUUAAACCCCAUGAACUGCUGAUUGAGUUUUAAAAGUGAAGAAUAGUCCUUUGAGACAGAGAUGGGGGCAGUGUCCUCUGCAUCAGCAACAAUGGUGUUGAAAUGAUAGAAGUAGCUGUGUGCUAUGGUUAGCAGAAGCACUUGCUUAACUUAAUCUCUGCAAGAGUCUAUGAAAGGGUAAUUUCUGACUCCACAAUCUGAAGUUCAGAGCAGUCCUGCAGUAAGUAAGUGACUGAUCUUUAUACAGUGGUGUAGUUUUGUCUUUGCCCCUUCAGGAUGACUAAACCCUGGAAUUCUGAAAGCAAAGGGCUAGCUUUGCCUGAUGAUUUGCCUAUAGUGUCUUGAUGGUGGUUUAUCACAAGAAAGUGCUUUCUGAUGCACAAGGAAAUGACUGCACAAGUUCACUUUGUGUUUUCUGUAUUCUAGGGCUGAUAGCUUUAAUACAAUACUUCUGUUGACACACUACCUUGAUUCUGUUAAUUUAAGAAUGGCUAGAUGUUUGAAUAAUGGGUAUGCAGAGGGAAAAUAUACCCAUGAUUACUUAUCCUGAUUUUGAAAUAGUGUUAUUUUUUUAUAAGUCUAUUAAAAGCUUCUACCUUAGAAAGAAAUUUGCUUGUCUGAAAGCUUAUCAUUUGAGGGGACAUGUUAUUCAGCAUAGUCAGAAAGUGAAGUGGAAUGGGUUAGAGAAGCUAAUACAUGUGUUAGACUUGUGAGCUACAUACCAAAUAUUAUUUAUACCUACCCCCCUUGUGUUUUGUUUUGUUUUGUUUUUCAAGACAGUGUCUCCGUAUUGCCCUGACUGUGCUGGAACUAUCUCUGUAGACAAGACUGUCCUCGAACUGAGAGAUCCGCCUGCCUCUGUGUCCUCUGUGCUGGGAUUAAAGGUGUGUGCCACCCUUCUCUCCAUAA